AUGGACGAAUUUAUUGUUUAUAAUUGUACAUUCCAAUUUGUAAGCAAUGUUUAUCUACGCUUAACUAGCUGGUCAUGUCGGCACACAUACCGAUGUUUAGGCAUCGGUUAUAUGCUACUAUUGAUUCUAAUCUUACUCUUUAACUGUCAUAUCUAUGAAUGGCAAUUAAAUAAUACGUUUGAUGAUCGCAUAGAUGAACCAACGUAUUGUAAUCGAUCGAUCAUUCGGAAGCACUUCAUACGAGAUCAAAGUAUUGCAGAAUUACUUCCACAGAAAUCUGCUCAGUUCUCUUUCAGUUAUGAACUAUCCAAUAGUAACAUCUGCUCUUCAACAACUCCCCAUGCUAUAAUUUUUGUUAUUUCAAAAUCAACCAAUUUCCCAUCUCGUCUUGCCAUUCGUCGUACCUGGGGAGACUUGAGUCGACUAAUUUCGAUACAACGAUUCGCACAUCUUCGUCUCAAACUUCUCUUUCUUCUCGAUAUCGACGAAGCACGCAUGCUAAGUAUUAAACUUGAACAAGCCAUCUACAAUGAUCUUAUUCAAGUUCGUUUGCCCGAACAUUAUACUCUCUCAACCUAUCGGGAUAUGGCUAUUUUACAUUGGACAGAAACAUACUGUUCACAAGUUCUACUUACAAUCAAGACAGACGAUGAUAUCUUUCUAAACACGUUCCUAUUAGCAAAUGUUUUAACACAUAUUAUCAGUAAUGCAAGUAGUUCAUCUGCGCUGAUAUAUGGAAUAAGAUUUCGUCAUGCACGUGUUGUUCGUUAUGUCGAUGAUUUGACAUCAGAAAGUGUUCGUUAUAUAACAACCCAUGAUGAAUAUCCGUGCGCUUACUAUCCGGAUUAUAUGAGCGGAUUCGGUUAUAUUAUCACUCGAAAUGCACGUUUGAAACUUCUUUCUGCAUUUGCUCGACAUCAGAAACUAAUUUCAAUGUCGGACGUUUACAUAACUGGAAUUUUAGCCGAGUACAUGAACAUUCAACGGCAACAUCUUCGUUUCAAAAUCAGCUAUCAAUCCAACGAUGAUUGUGACGUGUUUUUUAACGCAGAUAAUGCUUAUGCAUGUGCAUCAUCGUCACAUUACGUAUCGAAACAAGCACCAACAUCAAUAAAUGUUGACAUUUUCGAACGGUUCAAUGCUUAUUGGAAACGUGUGAUUCACAAUCGGUUCUUAUAUAUCAAUAGAAAUCGAUUUUAA